UGCAAACAGCAGCUCAUCUCCGAUAUCACCGCGUGCAACGAUAGCACAAUUGAUUCCAUAUCCCUCUCGUAACUGCAGCACAACUCCACGAUAACCCGCCAUUGCACCAAUUAUAAUACACCUACAAAGGCGCAAUUGUCCUACCAAUAAAUCCUACCAACAACGCCUUACUACGCCGUCCAUGACCCCAUAAAUCCCAACACGCGACACCACGAAAAGAGGAACCUGCCCUCAUGCCGACAAACCUAGGCUCAUCGCAAAAGCCCCCGGGCCCCAAAUACCAAGUCCUCACACCAGAAGCCGCGAAAUUUCGAUCACAAUUCGGAUCAUCACAGUCGCCCACCCAACCUGCAUCCUCCACCGCAGCAGCAGCAGCAGCAGCAGCACCACCACCUCCCACUCAGCCCGCCUCGGAACCACCUCGCAAGCCAUUCUCCCUCUUCUCUCACUUCCGAAGUCGCUAUGCGACGCUCCCCGUUCCAGUCCGCACAGGCUUCCGUGUUCUUCGCAUAUUAGCGCCCAUUGUCCCGAUUGGGCUCUUCUUCUCCGAACAUGUCCUGGGGGUCAUGUGGGUUAGCGGGCCGUCAAUGACGCCCUACCUCAACGAGGACUACGAGCAGAUGCAUACGAAGCGCGAUAUGGUACUUGUGAAUAUGUGGCCGUGGGGCGGGGCCGGGUGGCCCUGGGAGCGGACGAGGAGGUUGGAGAGGGGGAUGGUUGUUACGUUUCGGUCGCCGGCUAAUCCGGGCCAUAUUGCUAUUAAACGUGUGGUUGGGCUUCCUGGAGAUCGGAUCACAACUCGCGAUCCCUGUAUGAAGCCCUCGCAGAUUGUGCCGUUCAAUCAUGUUUGGUUGGAGGGUGAUGCGGCGGAUCCGAAGAGGUCGCUUGAUAGUAAUACUUAUGGGCCUGUGAGUAUUAGUCUGAUCACGGGAAGGGUGAUGGCUGUGAUGUAUCCGCGGUUUAGGAUGCUUAAAUGGACGGACUGGGAGCAAGGGCUUGUCGAGGGUGAUGAUGAGCGGAAGUUAGGGGAUAAUUAUCGUCACGAGGUAAGGGAUCGUGUGUCGAAGGAAGCGGUCAAGUUAGAGCGACCUGUCCUAUCAUAAGAGGCCUCUACUCCUCGCCGUUAUGGG